AUGAAUCAAUUAGAUGAUUUUGAUCCAAUUUGCUUCUAAUAAUCUUCUAGUUAAAAUAUAAAUUUCGACUUUGAAGGGAAUGUGAAGAACAUUUAAACUACUGCAAAUUAGAACAGAAAGAUUAAAGAAAAUACAAAAAAUACCUACAUUAAAAAAAUUAGUUCAUUAAUGAAAUUAUCUCCGACGUAAGAAAAGAUUGAAGAGAAAAUGCCAGAAAAAAAAAUAUUAAUGAAGCCUUUUUAGAGUUAAUAGCAUUUCAAUUACGUCUCUCAGACAGAAAAGGAAGAUAAAUUAGCAAAAAAUAGAGAAUCCGCUAGAAAUAGUAGAAAAAGAAAGAAAAUUUAUCUGGAAUUACUUGAAAACAAGGUGACAAAAUUAUCAGAAUAAUUGGAUUUAUUUAAAGAUGUUAAUGAUAAAACCUAUAGUUUGGCAUAAAAUUUAUAAAUUAAAUUAACACAAAAAAAAGAGCAAGAUUAAACCAAAUGCAUUUUAUUCAACAACCUACAAACAUCAUUAACAAAUACUGCAUCGGAGGCAAAUGUUGAUUCAAUAAUAGAUUCUUUAAAUGUAAGUUAUUUGAUUAUGUAGAAAAAAUUUGGUUCAGCAUCCCAAGAGAGAUAAUUUUUAAUUGACCAUUAUGCAAGAUAGAUAAAUGAAAAUUGUUUAGCUCCGUUUUGCAAUUAUAUCAUUUAGAUAGCUAAGAAAUAAGAUGAUAUCUUCUCUUAAAAUGAAUAAAAUAUGAAUCUUAAUUUAUUAUCCUAGUUGAAGUUGGCAGAUAAACAAAAGUAAAUACUUUUGAAGAAACAAUAAAAGUUAGCCAAGCAUUAUCAGGAUAUAUCUAACUCUGUUACCUAGAUUAUGGACACGAAAUCUUAGAUUUAAAAAGAACUUGCAUCAUUUGAUUCAACUCUAGAUCAAUUGAGAUCUGAAUUAAGACCAUCUUAAGUCGCAAAAUUACUUUUAGCUAUAGAAAAGAAAGACAUGCAACAUCACUUUAAAGACUCAUUUGAGAAAUUUUUUGGACAUGAUAUAGAAGAAGAUGACUCUUUAGAUUUAUAUUAGUUUAUGACUGAACGUAAUUAAUGUAACUCUCUGGGAAUUGACAUCUAAAAUACCUAUGAUGUUUUUAGAGCAUCCCAUGACUUUCUUUUUGGCAAAAAUGAAGAAUUGGAAGUUAAUUAGCUAAAUGGUAAAGAUGUAUGA